AUAAAAAUAUCAAACUAGUUCAACAAAUGUCGGAACCAGAACCAGAACACAACCGCCAUAUUCUCUCUUUAUAAAAGCACUCUUUCUUAUAUCAAAAAAAGAAAAAGAAAAAAAGAAGCACUCUUUCUUUCACUUCAAAAACUUCUAGAGAGAGAAAACUGAGAAACUAAACCCUAAAAAGGAAAAAAAAAAAAAAAAAAGUUUUAGAGAGAGAGAUGGGAGGGUGUGCAACGAAGCCGAAGGUGUUGAAGGAGGCUUCGGCUCCCGAGGCGGCUAAGGAGGAAAAACUCGGCGAUGCCGUAGAGCCGUUAAAGCCGCAAGAGGAUUUGACUGUUAAGGCCACGGAGAAAAUUGAUAUUGCCAAGGAAGUGGAAGAUCAGGGAGGAGAAGGAGAAGGUGAUGAGUCUAAAGAGAUUGUUGAUGAUGAAAAGGUUGAUGAACAAGGAAACAGGCGCCGCUCUCUUAGCCUCUUAUUUAAACAGAAUGAGGAAGGGAAGGACUCAACAGGAGAUGGUAAUCCAGCAGCGGAGCCACUAAAACAAGAAGAACCAUCUGUGGAUAAAAAACCUACAGAUGAAUCUGAAACCAAGCUUUCAGAGGUUGAAAAAUCUGAAAUUCCUCCUGUCCAAGAUGUUGAUGCUCAAAAUCCAGAAACUCCAAUCGAAGUGACCCUUGCCCCAGUUGUUGAUACUCAAAAGCAUGAAACUCCAGUUGAACUGACCCCUAUCCCAGUUGUUGAUGCUCAAGAGUCGGAAACUCCAGUUCGACAGACGCAUCUUUCAGAAGUUGUCAAUGCUCCUGAGAAGGCUGAAACAGAGAAAAAAAUUGAAAUUGCACCAACCGAAGCUCCAGAUGUUGCCAAUGGUACAGAGAAAGCAAUUGAACCUGCGCCACCUGUAGCGAGCCAAACCAAUGGGACAUCCGAGGAAAAGAAAAUAGAAGCCUCAGAUGAUGUUGCUAGUGCUUAUGAGGAGGCCAAAACACUGAAACCAAUUGAAGCUGCAGUAGGUACAGAGAGCCAAAAGGAUGUUACAUAUGAAGAAAAUAAAACAGAAGCAAAGGAGAGUACUGAAGUUAAAGCCAAUGUGUGAUGAGGGUCUUCUAAGACUUAUAUUAGGCAGGAAGUGAUGCAUUGCUUGUUUAUUCUACAGGGUAAGGAUGCCCGUGAUAUGGUUGCCUCAAACCAAGUAAAGAUUGUUCACUGCUUCUUGGCAACUUAUUUAGAGGAAUUGUUUAGAGGAGUUGUUUCUUUCGAUUUGUUACAUGUCAUCCUUCUUUUCUUUUGAGUUUGUUUCAUAUAUAAUUUUUUUACUUGCAUUUGAACAUAUGGGAAUAUGGGAUUGUUAGGUUAUAUGUACGAGUAUAGAUUGUUUUAAUGUUUUAUAUGCUGUAUUUUUCACA